AUGCCAAAUUCAAAAAAUACUCAAGCAUCCUUGAGGAUAAUGAAAGAAAUAAGAGAAUUAAUGAAUAAAGAGACAGAUGAAAUUUUUAAGAUUCAUGUUAACGAGGAUAAUUUAUUUGAUAUACAUUUUACAUUUAUUGGUAAAGAGAAAGAAUACCUUAAUGGAUUGUAUCAUGGUAGAAUGAUACUUCCAAAAGAUUAUCCAAUGCGACCACCAGACUUUUGGAUGAUUUCGGAAAGUGGAAGAUUUCAAACAAAUACAAAAAUAUGUAUGAGUAAUACAUCUUUUCAUCCUGAUCAAUGGUCCCCAAGUUGGGGUAUUAGAACAGCUAUUUUAGGAUUAAUAUCGUUAUUUUAUGAAGAAUCUCAAGGUGCUGUGGGUAGUAUAUCAGCAAAUAAAAAUGUAAGAAAACGAUAUGCAAUGUACUCAUCAAUAUAUGAAUGUAAAAAAUGCAAAUCAUCUUUAUAUAAAUUAUGGUAUGGUAUAGAAAUCGAAGAAGAAAAAAAGAACUAUAUUAAAAACCUAACUUCUAAUGGUGAAACUAAUUCAAAUUCUCAACAAAAAAAUGAUAUUAAAACAGCAAUCCUCGGUGUUUUACAAUAUACCUUUGGAGUUUUGAAUAAAUAA